UUCAGUGUAAAAUGUUUAUUUUAGUGAAAUACAAGAAGGUGAGCAAUUUCCAAUUUCCGUUUAACUUGACUUAUUAAGUCCCAUUCACAUUCUUCUAGUAUUAUUGUAUACUGCUAUAAAAUUUAAACCAGAAAAGUGUUUCUCCUUGUUAGUAGUAAUCUGCCCAAAAAAUGAAUAUGACAAUUCCAAGUCUUAUCUGCCAUCUGCCACUUGGAAAUGUUAGGUAGGUCCCAUGGGUCCUGGUCCAGGGAUCUGUCCCUGGGUCCCCACCAGGCUCGGCUGCAGGCAGUUGCCUAAGGCGUCCUCCGCCUUCAGCCAGGCUGCAAUCCUUGCUCCAGGCACUGCGGCAGGUUCUCUCCAUGCCCCCAGGAGGACUCUCCAAACCCGGCCGGCUCAUUUCUCCUGCCCCGGAGGAUCCAGACGCCCUGGCAGCUCCUGGGCUCCAGGACGGAGAAUGGGAUGCUGCCUCCAGUCCUAAUUGCCCCGAGUUCCUUUCCAGAGGGCCCGGGAGGCUGCUCCAAGUUUGCUCUGCCCGGCAAGUGACCGAGCGCUGGGUCCCGGGAGGGGGGCGGCGGGGGGCGCGGACGGAGGGCGGGGAGGGGAAGGACGCGGGAGCCGGGGUUGGGGGGGCACCGGGAGGGGGAGGAGCAGGAGCGCGAGGCCUCGGCGCUACCUUUCUCCAAACAACGUUGCCACACGCGGAGAGCACGGAGAUUUCUGGGGCUUUGGAGGGAAUCGUGAGCGGGCGGGCGGAGGCCGGGGACCACACAGGUGAGCCCCCGCCCGCGCCCUGUCCCGGACCGCGGCGGGCGCUGCCGGUCCCACUCCUCCGCACCCAUGGUCCACACGGUGCUUCGCCUCAACCCCUCACUUUCCACCGCGAACCUGUGGUCCCCUCCCCCGUGCUCGCCCUCCGCCCCCACCCCGGCUGCGAGGGGCUGCCGCACUUUCCCAAGCCCGCAGGCGCACCACCCGCCCGCAGCGCUGCACCCCCAACUCAUUCCCUGCGGCCCCCUCCGGGGGAAAAAAUGAAACCAGAGCGGCGGAGGAGGCGGGCGGCAGGGGCCGGGGCGCGGAGCAGAGGUGAGGGAGAGAGGACUUACUUUGCGAGGCGCGGUGCGGGGCACCGCCGACGAGAAAUAAAGGCCCGAAUCCGGGCUGCCUGGAGCCCCUCGAGCGCAGUAAUGUCAGGGCUCCAGUCCGGGCGGCGUUAGCGUUGGCGGCCGCAGGGGACGGGGACGGGCGCGCGUGCGACGGGAGCUCUCGUUGCGCUCCGGCUCGGGCCCCGGCUCCGCGCGGCUCCGCUCCUGGCUCCCCUCUGGCUCCUGGCACCAACUCCGGGCAGUCACAUGACGCCGGCGCCGCUCGCUCUGCGAGCCUCCCGGGGCUGGCGGGGCCAGGAGACCCCCGGGGCAAAGCUUCCUCGGGCCAGGCUUGUCGCUGGAGCGAAAAGCAGCAUUUGCGCAGCCGGGCUUGCGUGGAAACUUGGCAAACUUUGGUCGGAUCCUUCCCUGCAGAGCGAGGGCCCGGCCCAGCAAUUCCUCAUUUCAGGUCGCUUCCUAGGGAUGGAGCACCCCAAGCUCAGUGGCUUUCUGGGCGCUGCGAGUGGGCGGCACAGUAGGGCGUUUCGUCCAAGCCAGGGCCCUUCGAGGACUUUGUGUAGAUUCGUACUGAAGUUUAAUGCCUUUUGAGUUUCUUUUUAAACAGUAUUAAUGUAAUCACGAAUGCAAUAAAAAGAACAAAGGGCAAAUUGGUUCAA